AUGCAGGUCUUGCGCCUCAUCUCGAUUGCGGUCGGCAUGGCUUACCUGUCCCCGAGCGAGGCCUUCAUGGCUGCUCCUCACCUGCACCUGACGCGACCUCGACCCUCUGCAUCCACAUGCCCAGUCUCUCCAGUGCACCUGCAGAGGUCUUGCCGGGCUCGACCCGUUCCGAUGGUGAUGUCCGCAGAGGCUGUGCCGAUCAAGGACGAGCAAGUUGAGAAGAUCAACCUCUCGUUCAUGCAGGGCCUGAAGAUGCUGGAGGAUGGCAAGUCGAUUCAGGAUUCUCUCUCUGGUUUCGUUUCGAACGUGGCAGACAUGUACGAAAUAGGGACGAGUUUGUCAAAUCUUGAAACCAAUCUGCAAGAGCAUGCGUCAAAUCAGGAAGUGCAGGGUAAGCGGCAAGAGUUGAGAAGCAGGUUGCUAAGCAUCAUAUACCUUGCCUCGGAAACAGCAGGAUAUCCGAGGAAGCAACAAGCAGAGCUUGGAAUUCCUGACGACUUCCGUUCAUCCUACAGCAAUUUUGUUCGCAACCUUGUGGUCUUGAGGAAGAACGGUGGCACUCUACAGGUUUCUGUGGUCUUGAAGCAUCUUUGA